AUGCCGCGCAUCGCCUCGGGCUUCCUGAGCAGCAUGUCCGCGGGCGUGGUGGUGAUCAAGGUGGGGACGUCGAGCCUGGUGGACGUGGAGGGCGGCGUGCUUCGCCUGAGCAACCUGGCGAGGAUCUGCGAGACCGCCAAGGAGCUCCGUGGACGAGGUUACGACGUGGUGCUGGUGUCCAGCGGAGCCGUGGGCGUGGGCUGCCAGAAGAUCGGCCUGCAGGAGCGGCCGGCAAAGAUGUCCCAGAAACAGGCGCUGGCCGCGGUGGGCCAGCCGCAUCUCAUGAAGUACUACCACGACUUCUUUUCCGCGCUGGGCAUGACCUGCGCCCAAGUGCUGCUAACGAAUGACAGUUUCGUGGAGCUGGCGGAGUACCUGAACGCGAAGAGCACAUUCAAGGAGCUGCUCAAGUACGGGGCGAUCCCGGUCGUCAACGAGAACGACACGGUGGCAACGGACCACAUCAAGAUAGGCGACAACGACACGCUUUCCGCCAAGGUGGCCAUCAUGGUGGAGGCCAGCUGGCUAUUUCUGAUGACUGACGUGGAGUGCUUGUACACAUCCAAUCCCCGCGUAAACCCUGACGCAAAGCCCAUCCAUGUGGUCAAUGAUAUUCGACAGCUGCAUGUGGAGACGGGGUCAGGCACACAGUGGGGCAGCGGAGGCAUGGCCACAAAGCUCACAGCAGCCAGGCUCUUCACGGCGGCAGGGGGCAGGAUGGCUGUCUGUGAGUCCACAAAGCCUGAGAGCAUUGUGCAGAUAAUGAAUGGGGAACAGGUUGGCACUGUUUUCAACAGCAUUGGCGCACCGUUGUCCUCAAAGAGGAGGGAGAGGAAGAAGUGGAUACUGAGCGUUUCUGUGAAGGGUCAGAUCUGGAUGGACGAUGGCGCAUUGGAUGCCGUCUACAACUCCCAUGCAUCCCUCUUUGCUGCCGGCAUCACCCGUGUCAUUGGCGAUUUUGGAGCCAUGGACUCUGUGGCACUUUGCAGCUCGGAUGGGAGUCAGUUUGGUGUCGGACUCUCCAAUUAUACCCAUGAGGAAAUUCGAAAGGUAAAGGGCAAGAGGUCCAAAUGGUUUGCCGAUGAGUUGAGCGGCUACAUGUCGGAAGAAAUGGUUCACCAGAAUAACAUAUGCCUGCUGAGCAACAACGGGGAUUCGAACGGGGAGAGUGAUUCGUCUUCAUGA